AUGUUACCUAAAGAAAUCAUAUACGUCCCCCUUAACAAGUAUCUCAACGUUUAUCCCAAGGGAAAUCGUUUUGCUGAUAAUCACAUAUCUUUAUACCUUUACGUUGCAAACCCUAAAUCAUUACGAAAUGGAUGGAAAAGGAGUGCUGAUUUUUAUUUCCUUGUGUUAAAUCAAUCCGACAAAGUGCUGUACAGAUCAUCAGUUGCACGCAACAUGUUUUGCGCUGAGAGGACGAUUUGGGGUCACAGAAAGACCUUGCCUUUAAGCAAGUUACGGGAAAAAGGGGUUUUGGAGAAUGACAAGCUCAUCAUUGAAGUCUACAUUUCUAAUGUUGUUGUAUCAAUGAAGGAGGAAAUUGUAGAAAUCAACGGUUUUCAGGUUUUGGCUUCUCGAGCUACUGUAGUGUCGAAGCUAUUCACAGAGCACCCAGACAUUGCAAAAGAUUUCAAUCCAAAGAACCAAACACUUAACAAGCCUUCAAAGAAUUACUCAGAGACUGAGCUAAGCAAGGCAAGAAGCGAGUUGAGUGAGCUGAUGGAAGUAGGUUUCAAGCUGGACUGGUUGAAGUCAAAGCUUGAUAAGGUUUCUUUGGAGAGGUUGAUGUCAAAGUUUGCGGAGGUUUCUUUGGAAAGGGAGAAAGCGGAUUUGGUUCAAAAACUCGAGGAACGCGUCACGAAUCUUGAGAUGAUGGAUUUGGGACGCUUGAAGUUAAAGCUUGAAGAGGGUCCCUUCGAAAGGAAGAAAGCAGAUGAGUCUAGGAUCCAACAACUCGAGGAAAGUGUCAAGAAUCUUGCGCUGAUUGUGUCAAAUCUCAAAGUUGAACUGGAAAAGGAGAAGGCUAAAUCAUCUGAUGAUGCUGGAUUUUUGUUGGUCGAUGAGGUUGCUUGA